AUGGAAAAAAUUAAUGGGGGCAUACCGCCAUUACAUCUCAGUGGAAAUAUCUACGAGAACUGGAGGUUUUUCAUUCAAAGGUUUAAAAAUUACCUGAAAGCCACCGAAAUGGAUAAGAAAAAUCAAGCAACUCAAUGUGCGCAACUACUUCACAUGGUUGGAGAAAAUGGAUUCCGAAUCUAUAACACAUUCAAGUUCGAAGACAACGAAAGGGAGAAAAUUGAACCAUUAAUCGCCAAAUUUGAAAAUUAUUUCAAACCUCGAAGUAAUAUUUCAAAUGUGAGGUACAAUUUAUUCACAAGAAAACAACAUGAAGGCGAACCGAUAGCCAAUUUCAUCACAGAAGUAACCACUCUCGCGCAACAAUGUGAGUUAGGUGAUUUAGAAGACAGUCUAAUCAAGACUUGCAUAACGUGUGGCGUAGCGGAUGAGCGAAUGAGACAACGGUUGUUAGAAGACGACGAGAUGACACUAGAGAAGGCGAUAACGCUGUGCAAAAGUAUGGAAUCAUCACAUGAACAGGCUGUGAAAAUUGGGACCAGCAAGAACGAAAUCCACUACAUAUCAAAGAAGAACUUCAACGCGAGCAGACAACAUAGAAACAAGAUGACGUCACAGAGCAGUGCAAAUCGAGAGCAACGACCAAGCAGUCGACAUCGGAACAACAUCAAUGGAAAUCGAAGGUCCAAAGACAUCCCCAAGUGCUACCGAUGUGGUCUGGAUCAUCAAGGACAAAUUUGCAGAGCCAUAAAAGCUAAGUGUAAUUUUUGUAAUAAAUUAGGUCAUUAUUCAAAAAUGUGCACGCAGAAACAAAUUAAUGUAGUAGAAAAAUCAGCUGACGAAUCUGAAUCUUUAUUCUUAGGUUUAGUAAAUAAUCAUUCCGAUCAACUCGGCAGGGAUGAUGACUUUGAGAAUUUCAUUAUAAAUUUUGAAGUUAACAACAAAACUUUAAAAUGUAAGCUCGACACAGGUGCCAUGGCAAAUGUGAUAACCAAAUCUAAUUUAAUUUCUCUCAAGAGAAAUGUAAAGAUACAAAAAUCCAAUUGCAAUUUAACAACAUUUUCAAAUGACAAAAUAGCUGUGUUAGGUAAAUGUAACUUAAAAUGCAAAUAUGAAGGCAAAUAUUACAACAUUGAUUUUUAUGUAGUAGAUGUUGAUGCACCUUCAAUCAUAGGGUUACCAACAUGUAAAUCCCUAAAAGUCAUAAAACGAAUUCAUAGCUUAGAGGUAAAUGAACGACCACCACCAUUAAUGAAGUAUGAUGACAUAAAGCUAAAAUAUUCUGAACUGUUUACAGGUAUUGGAUGCUUGGAUGAACCAUACACGAUAAGGGUCGAUCAUACCGUAAUGCCAGUAGUACCCCCGCCAAGGAAAAUUCCAUUAGCUCUCAAAGAUAACCUUAAAGUUGAAUUAGACGAAAUGGAGAAGAAUCAGAUAAUCGAGAAAGUCGAUAUGCCUACUGAUUGGGUAAACUCAUUGGUUAUAGUAAAAAAGCCUAAUAGUAACAAAGUUAGAAUUUGCAUAGAUCCUAGAGAUUUAAAUAGGGCAAUCAAACGUGAACAUUUUCAAUUACCGUCCUUAGAUGAAAUUGCACCAAAUUUAAGAGGCAAUAAAUUUUUUAGUAAAUUGGAUGCUUCUAAAGGGUUUUGGAGCAUUAAAUUAGAUGAGGAAAGUAGCAAUCUAUGCACAUUCAACACUUGUUAUGGUAGAUACAAAUUCUUGCGAUUACCGUAUGGUAUCAAAUCAGCAAGUGAAGUAUUUCAUAAGAGAUUUAAGCAAAUAUUUAACAUGGAAGGUGUCCAAACAUAUAUCGACGAUCUUGUCGUGUAUGGCUCAUCAAAGCUAGAACAUGACAAACGACUCUUCAAUGUAUUAGAAUUAGCUAAGAAACAUAAUGUUAAGUUUAAUGCAGAAAAAUGUCAAUUUGGUUUAAGUAGAAUUAAGUUUCUGGGAUUCAUUUUUGAUGAAUUUGGUCAAACCGUAGAUAAUGAAAAGGUGUUAGCUAUAACAAAUAUGAAGACACCAAGUAACAAAAAAGAUGUACAAAGACUUUUAGGUAUGCUAACUUAUUUGUCAAAACAUAUAAUCAAGUUAUCUGAACUAACAGCUCCAUUAAGGGAACUCAUAAAAAAUGACACAGUAUGGCAUUGGGAUGAACGGCAUGACAAAUGCUUUGAUAGAAUUAAAACAGUCAUAUCAAAUGUACCUGUUCUGCAACAUUUCAAUAUAAACAAAAAGUGUACAAUAUCAGCAGAUUGCUCAAAGGAUUCCAUAGGUGCUGUAUUAUUACAAGCAGGUCAACCCAUUGCUUAUACUUCAAAAGCGCUCACGCUAACACAAAGAAACUAUGCUCAAAUUGAAAAGGAGCUAUUGGGAAUUCUUGUAGCAACUGAAAAAUUCCAUAAUUUUGUAUAUGGGACUAAUUUUGACAUCGAAACAGAUCACAAACCGCUAAUAAGUAUUGUACAAAAACCAUUGUUAAGCACUCCUCCGAGAUUGCAACGCAUGUUAUUUAAACUUCAAAAAUAUGAUUUUAAUUUAUAUUAUAAGAGAGGUAAAGAACUGUAUAUAGCUGAUACUUUGUCAAGGUGCUGUGCAGAAAAACCUGAAACAAAGAGCAAUCUAGAUAUUGAAUUAGAGUCACAAAUUUGUUUGAUAAAAUUAUCAUUUAAUAUAUCGGAAGUUCAGUUAAACAAAAUUAUAAUGGAAACUAAAAAAGAUGUUGAGUUAAUCAUGUUAAAAUCAUUUUUAAAAAAUGAUUGGCCUGACGAAACUAACUUGUCAGGCAACCUAAAAACGUUGUAUAAAAUUCGAGACGAAAUCUAUUAUCAUAAUGGUUUAUUCUUAAGGAAAAAUCAAAUAAUAAUACCAAAAUCAAUGUAUAAAGAAAUGUUAGCAAGAAUUCAUUAUGGUCAUCAAGGGAUAAGCAAAAGUAAACAUUUAGCUAGACAAUCAUUGUAUUGGCCAGCUAUGACAGCACAUAUUGAAGAUGAGGUAAAACGUUGCAAAACUUGUGCAAGAUUCCAAAAUAAUAUUAGAGAACCUUUAAUAUCGCAUAACAUACCCAAAUUGCCUUGGGAAGAGAUUGGAUCAGAUUUAUUUCAUAUCGGGAAUGAUACUUACUUGAUAGUCGUUGAUUAUUACAGCAAGUAUCCUGAAAUUUGUUUAUUAAAAGACACCGAUAGUAAAACAGUAAUUAAUCAUCUAAAGUCAAUAUUUGCUCGGCAUGGCAUUCCUAAAGUAUUUUACUCCGAUGGAGGUCCACAAUACAUAUCUCAUGAAUUUGAAAUCUUUUGUAAAGAGUGGGAAUUUCAAAGUGUAAAGUCAAGUCCACAAAAUUCCAAGUCAAACGGAUUAGCCGAACGAUUCAUACAGACAUAUAAAAAAGCAUUGCAGAAAUCCUACACUGAUCGUAAAGACACAUACCUAACCCUCCUACAACUGAGGAACACACCAAUUAAUAAUAAUCUUCCCUCACCGUCACAAUUGUUAAUGUCGAGGGUACUCAGAACAAAUAUUCCAACAACUGAUAAAAUAUUAAAACCUCAAACAUUUAAUGCAAACAAAAUUCAAGCAAAUUUAAGAAAUGCACAAACCAUGCAAAAAUACUAUUACGAUAGGGGCACUACUAAGCAAAAACCCCUGGAUAAUGGUGUAAAUGUAUAUAUAAGAGAUAAAAUAGGCAUAAGGGAAGGUGUAGUAAAAAAUAGAGUUAGAGAUAGGACUUAUACUGUACAACUGCAGAAUUCAAAUUAUGUAAAUAGAAAUAGAAGGUUUUUAAUUCCUAUACCAGUAGAUAAGGAUAAUUAUAAUGAUGAACAUCAGGAGGAACUUUUUGAGGAAGAAAUUAUUAACGACUCAAAUUCUGAUGCUAAUAAGGUAAACGAAGAAAUUUCACCUCAAAGAACUUCUUCUGGACGUAUGGUUAAAAAACCUGUAAGGUUAAAUUUGUAA